UAAAGAAAUAUUUUGUGAAUAUAAUGACAAAAUAUUUUCCAGUUCAAAGAUGGUUUUUACUUAUUUCUUAAUUGUUUAGUUUAGUUUUGAAAAUUAUCUAUCUUCAGAAAUCUGAUUAAACUAAUAUGUCCGGCAAAGAUGACCUGAAGGAAGACCCUGGAAGUGUUGACGCUAUUAGUAUCCAUUCUCAGGAGCCCCUUCUGUCCCCUAAGGACCGAGUUCACCAUGGUAUCCUAAAAAAGUCCCCCGAGGUCCCUAAAAAGGUUAAAAAGGCCACAGAUGUAAAAAGAUGCUCCUCUAAUCCUCCGGAGGAUAGAACAAGGACAAAGGGUCUACACAAGAAGAAGGAUGAAUUCCGUCUUCCCAAACAUAUUCCAACAAAUGAAAAUAUAGUAAGAUCAGGGCAUCUUGAGUUCCAAAGUCUGUAUGCAACAAAUGAUAUGGAAACUCCAAGUUUUGUGGUAAAUACUCUUGGUGCACCUAAUAACUCUACACUUGUGUGUGGUUGUGAUAACGUGACCUGUCCGUUCUGCAAUAUGGUUCUCAGCAUCAAAAACAGAGAUCCAACCCUGGAUACUGAAGAUAUCAUUAACUCCGCCUAAACUAACCCCAAACCCCAAGAUAAAAACGUCAUAACUGUUAAUAAAAUAUUUUCUGUUAUAGAGAUAAAAAGAAAAAGAGAAAAUAUAUAUUGCUAUGAAUGUGA